AUGAAGCUCAGCAGAAAAGAGGUUCCUAUUUACGGCCAAGCAAAAGUUUUUGCUCUGAUCUCCUCGGUUCAGGAGGAGGAGAUAUUUGUGGUUCUAGAGGGAUCAACUCUACUACACGUUUUACAAACUAGAGUUCACUCCAUGUUGUACUUCAUCGCUCCAGGUCAUAACAAAUCAGAGUCGGUGUGUGUGCGAGCGUAUACAUAUAGUGAUGAUGAGGUAACGUGUGUGGGCAUGACUUUUUUAACAUACGUGGAGGACGACGCCCAGGAAUUGGCUGAAUACCUGGUAACCCAUAGCGACUGCAUCAGCACCACUGAACAUAGAGAUUUAAUUUCUCGAUACGGUUUGAAUGAUAGCACUGCGCGGGCACAGAUGGAUGAAAGGGUCACGCUUGCCCUAGCUAAUCUACACACCCCGCACAAUCUCCUCGGCCAAUCAGCACAAGAAUCUCUACUGCACAUGUGUGUGCGGCUGGGUUUUGUGGCCGUCUCCGAGUUUCUUCUCAAUCAGCCUGGUGCCUUGAUGGCUAUCACCUCGGCCAAUCAGGACGGGGACACACCCCUACAGCUGGCCCAAGAGACCAAUCAGCACACGUUGAUUAAUCUCUUCCAGCACCCUCCAAAUCCAUUAGCUUCACCCCUGGCAGGUGUAUCUCAGGUACGGGUGGGCAGAUCCCACCUCCUCAGGUUUAGCCACGCCUCUGGGAUGCUGUGUCUGUCUGUGUGUGUGUCGGAGUGCACGGUCACAACACAAACCUUACAAUCAUCAAUUCUGAUUCUUCGAGAGUUCCUAAGAGACACUGCACUUCUAAACAAGGUGUGGAUAAACGGUUCUUCUCUGGAUGAAGAGGAGGAACUUUUAUCAUCCGAUUCUCUUUCCAAUAGUUCAGAUGAACACACAACUUACACCGACUCAACAAGCAGUUCCCUCACUGGCUCCAGCGUUACCAUAACAACGAGCAUCAAGACCCUGGAAGCUGCAGAUGAUCAGAUCUACUCUGAAGCUUCCUUAGAUUCUGAGACAGAUUCAGAGUCUGAGCCAUCUGAAACAGACUCGCCAACAUCUGACAUAUCGCCCAUCUGCAGCCCGAAAGACGAGCCAUUCCCUUCCAAUGAUGAAGAAACAUUAGCCGAAAUGGAAAGAAUGCAGUGCAGUAAGUCAGAGGAGGAGGAGAGAGAUCAAUUCAUCCCUCCAUCCAAGAGCGAGACAGAGAAAUAUAAAGUGAGUCGAACGCUGAGCUUUCUAAGGAGCCGUAUGGUCAACACCAAAAUCAAAAACAGGGCCAAUACCGAUGUUGGUUCCGCCCUGCAUCAGCUCUGCUUCCCACAGCAGCCUGUUAAUACAAUCUGUGAGGUGUGUGAGCAAGAUGAAAAUGACCAACUUCAGCAGUGUAUAUGCUCAUCCAGUCACAGUUCUCCAUCUCUGUUCCUGACCAACGACAACAACAUUAUGACACGCAGGAAGCGGAGUAACAGUGAGGGGUGUGGCCAUGAUGUAACAUUACGGAAAAGUUGGUCUUUGAUUGGUCAUUCAUCUGGAACAAGCCCCACCUCCAAUUCUUCUGAAUAUUCCUUUGCUCGCGUAUCAUUUGACUACACUGCUGAAUCUUGGAGUGCUGCGGUGGAUGCAGAAUUCAGGAUGACACUUGACAAAGAGGUCAUCAAGAGACAGGAAAUCAUUUAUGAACUGAAGCAGACAGAAUUUCACCACGUCCAGACUCUCUCUGUCAUGGCUGACGUUUUAAGGCGGGGUUUGUCAGAGGAAGUGCAGCUGGAGCCGGACGUGAUUGGUCAGAUUUUCCCAAGGCUGGAUGAACUCAUAGCUCAUCAUAAAAACUUUCUUAUCUCUAUGGAGACAAGACAGUGGGCUUCUGUUUUUCCAGAAAGCCAGAGGAACUAUAUCAUCCGACGCAUUGGAGACGUUCUAUUGGAGCAGUUCUCAGGUUUGCAUGGCUCUCACAUGAUAGAGCUGUAUAGUGAUUUUUGCAGUCAGCAUCCGGAGGCACUAAAGAUUUAUAAACAGCUGCUACAGAGUAACAGGAAACUACAGUUGUUCCUUAGACAGCAAAGUACUAACUCUGUCAUCAAACGACGUGAAAUCCCAGAAUUCCUACUGCUUGUCACGCAGAGAAUCACAAAGUAUCCUGUUCUGCUGGAGAGACUGCUUCAACACACAGAGGAUGGCAGCGCUGAGAAGUAUGAUAUAACAAUGGCAUUAGAGGCCCUGCGCGGAGUGAUAGAGGAGGUGGAGCGACGUGUGGGUGAAUAUGAGCGUUCGAAGAAACUACAAGAUAUCAUCAAUCGCCUAGACAAUAAAAGCUGCACUCGCAUGAAGAACGGCGAGUUCUUCAGUAAACAAGACCUGCAGAAAACUCACCGUAGUCUCAUGCAUUCGGCCGUGCUCACGUGCAGGACCACCUCUGGCAGAUUGAAAGAUGUUCUCGGUCUGCUCCUCACCGAUGUUCUGGCUUUCCUCCAGGAGAAAGAACAGAAGUUUGUCUUUGCUGCAUUGGAGCAGAAACCAUCUGUGAUGCCUCUACAGAGACUCAUAGUGAGAGAGAUAGCCAAUCAGGAGAGAGGAUUAUUUCUGAUCAGUAGCGAGUGCUCUGCAGGACCAGAGAUGUAUGAGAUACACACACAGACCCGCGAGGAGCGAAACACCUGGAUGUCGCUGCUGAGACAGGCAACUGAGAGCCUACCCGAUGAUCAGAUCAAGAAGAUAGAGGGGGAAAUCAAGGUCAAGAAAAUACAGAAAUUACUAGAGGCACUGUUCUCUUUAGAUUUGCAGCUGUGCUCUGUUAUCGAAGAGAAGUUAAGGAUCUGUAGAGGAACUGGUAGAUGGAAUCAGGCUACCUGUCGGCUGCUUGUUCAGCCCCACCCUGAAAACACUCCUCAGGGUAUCACACUGCUAUCUGAUGCGCAGGCAGAAGUGGUGAAGUUGGCCAACACUUUAUUGUCUUGGCUGUUCCCAUUCAUUUGGUCAUCAGGUAACCAUGACAACUUUGGCCAGGACGCAGUGACCAGUAUCAAACCAAGUAUCCCUAGUAAGGCCAGAAGAUGUGCUCUGGUAGAAUCAGGGGUGGGGCCUCUCGCUAUAUCUCAAAUAAGCCCCGCCCACCAGACUUAUGCAAAGAUAGCGGAGAGUGUUCACAGCUUAAUCCAUAUGCUAUAUAGUCUACAGGCUUCUAUAAUAAUCCAGGACAGUUGCUUUGAAGUUCAAAAACUCCUUCUUCUGGAGGGAGAAGCUCUACCCACAAGUCCUAUCAGUGAUUAUGAUGUCAGAAAGAGCUUGGCCACCGUGGGUGUAGUGGUUGGAACCGCGGGCGUGCGACAGAAGGAACUGGAGAGGAGAGAGAGGGAGCACACUGAACUCAUGAAUAUACUCAUGAAAGAAAGAGAGCAGUAUGAGGAGGAGUUAAUGGAGUUUGAAAAGAUGGCCGAAGAUCUGAGAAAGGAGGAAAAGAUGGUGGAGGAGGAAAGGAGGAGAUUGGGGGAAGAGGGGAAAAGAGUGAUGAAGGACAGGAAGCGUCUGGAGACACAGCUGAGACACAUUCAACACAAUUCAAACGGUCGCCAGAGAGAUCGGAAGUUUGUUACAUCACAGGAGAAAUGA